GACGCACCCCUCCACCACCUCGACCACCACCGCUGCUACCAACUCACUGGAUAUUUUACCCACAUAUAUUACAUCCACGAUGCGCCGCCAUGCCUCUUCCUCCAACAUCAAAAACACAAUUCCUUGCUUCGACCGGGGCGGACCGACAAACUUUACCGAUACUCAACUGCCUCAGCUGCGAUCACUCCGCCGCUCAGCCCCGCGACCAGGACCACGACGACGACGACGACCGGCAGGCGAACCGUUACCAGUCUCAAGCUUCCACUAGUCCACGGCAGCCGCAGACAGCACCUCGAUAAUAUCGCCGAUCAAAUCAUCCAUUGAGAAAAACGAACCAAGGGGCAUUCGCAAUCAUUGUCCCUGCUUGGGUGGUGGAUUUCUAGUAGGUUCCAGAACUCUCUCUCUCUCUCCUCCCCAAAUCCAUUUAGAGAGCACACACACACACGCAUAGCGCAUGCAACGAGAGAAAGAACGCGAACACAUCUUUCCCAACAGCUUCCUGCUGCUCCCCCUUGCCUGUAUCCCUAGUCCUCAAUUCAAUUCUAAAUAGUAGCUUGCUCCCGGCAGUAGCUAUUACUCACACCCUCUCCCUCCAUUGUCCUCUCCCACACACACGCCCUGCCAACCCUUUUCGCUGCUUUAAAUCUAACCCAAGACCUAUGCUUACAGCGUCAUAGAGUUCUGCUUCCGGGGUUCCGAACGCAUCCACGAGACCGAAUCGUCAUCCCAGCUUGCAUUUUAUAAGGAACAGUUUGCCCCAUCCCGAGCCGCCUAUUUCCCCUCCAACUCCACUACAUAAUCGACCAUCGCUUCUACCAUGCGAGCACCAUCACCAUCACCUCGUCAGAGUUCCUUUUAUACAACAGCUCCCUACUUCCUGAACGAUCUUUCGCACUUCGUUUCCGCCUACAACUCCUCACCUUCCUUCCUCACCGAUUCACAGAAGAGGCAGAAGCUACAACAGGAGUUCGACAACGGAUUCGCCGAUUGCGAGCCCUCGAUAGACUUGACUCUUCCUUACACCUCGGUCCCUCAUCCCUCAACCCGAAAUAUUAACCCUUACCCCCACCUCAGUCUGCAAAGAGCCUCCGAGCCCGCCUCGCCAAUUACCCUGUCUACUCCCUCGUCACCUUCCCCUUCUCGCUCAGAGGUGCCCAUCAUGUCCGCCGAACAAUCCCCGCAAGACUUCCAGUUGUACGAUGACGGAAUGCGUAUCUCCGCGGAUCACCGUGAGAAGCAGCGGGUUAAUCGGAGAUACGAUUCGGCCCACCCCUAUGGACACAGGGCCUCGCCUGCCCCGAAUUCGAGGUUUGGAAAUGGGUACCCCAUGGCUGUGCCACACUCUGAGUCCCGUAUUCCGGGACCCGGGUUACACUACUACUCUGGCUUUCGAACCGACGACAACAGCAAUGACUUCUCGAAGCAAUCCACCCAGCAGCAGCAGCAGCACCAAUACCUUCAAACCCUUCCACAGUUUAGGAACCAGGGAUUGAAUAUGGGCCAAAUGAUCCAAACACAGCGUCAUGGUUCGGACGAUGAGGAUCCGCCAGCGCUCUCGCCUCAUACCCAGAGCCACUUUUCUGCCUCUUCGAGGCCUUCUCUGUCGGACGUGGAUUUACGUUCCCCUGCUACGCCCAUUGCCUCGCCCGGCCCGAGCGAUGGCGCCGAGGGAUGCGGUGCUCCAGUGCCUGCAGUUCGUGAGGAUACCUCUUACCUAGUUGAAGCAUGGGUGGAACAUUACUUACGAUCCGAAUCAGACAUCCACACUCCCACUCCUAAGCUUUCUCGAACAAUUUCGGACGCAAUGCAGGAUGAGCUCUUCAAUCCUGGCAUUGCGCCUGGCACUUCGGUUACUCCCCUGUCGAGGCGAGAGUCAAACGGCGUGAAUUCCAAGCUCCCGACCUUUCUCCACCAGGCGCAAACCCAACACUCGAUGGUUCAUGCCACUCCCCCGACCACCCGCGACCACUCGCCAUUCCGCGCCAACUCUCCCUUCCACCCCGCCGCCGUCAGAGUCAACCAGUUCCCCCUGCCCCGGUCACCUUCGAGAACCGCUUCCCUGUUACCCGUGGGGUUUGGCACUGCUAGCGCUCAGCAGGAACAGGAGGCCGAGCUGCUCCCCCGACAAUUUCAACAGGGCUUUGAUGAGGGCAGCGAGGCACCCAAAACUAUUUCCCCCAAGGACGCAUGCGUCGACUAUUGCGAGCCCGAGGAGGAAGACGCCAAGGGCAGCCUUUUCCCUCGGGACGACGCAUAUUCUCAGGAUGAAAGCGUCCAUGGUGGAAGCUACAAGAGCUCUAUUCACGGUGAUGACGACGCCCAAUCUGAUCACAGUUUUGGCGUCAAGACCGAGGAGAGCUUUGCCAGCAUGGCCACUAGCCGGAGGGAGAGCGACGUGAGCAUGAACUUCAAUCCUCCGCUUUAUGCUGGUAAUGCCAACCAACAGUACGCCCAGGUUGGCUUUCCCUACACGUAUUCUCAGAUGGGCAGGCACAGCGAAGAGGAUGUGUCCGAUCCCGUUUCUCAGGCUUCUGUCAUCGAGGAGCAUGAUUACGAUUACGAUCCCACCGGCUCGCCAAACUCGAAGCCGGCCGAGUCUAAAGCUAACAGAGGCGUCUAUACUUGCACGGUCCCUGGAUGCGCGCAAAGGUUCCCUACCACCGCCAAGAUGUUGAAGCACAGACGUGAAGCCCACCGACAAUCCUCCCCACUCUCGAGCAUCAAAUCUCAUCACCCCGGGCCUCACAAGUGCACUCGGAUCAACCCCACUACUAACAAGCCCUGCAACACUGUCUUCUCCCGACCCUACGACCUCACUCGCCAUGAGGAUACCAUUCACAAUACAAACAGGCAGAAGGCCAGAUGCGAGAUCUGUAAUGACGAAAAGACGUUUAGUAGGCAAGAUGCCCUUACUCGUCACAAAAAGGUAAAGCACCAUUCUGAUCUACAACAAUGAAAUGGGACCCGAGGCCCGCGCCCAAUGUGAUGGCACAAUUUGCUAAUAUGAUGGCUUUUCUAGGUCAAGCAUGGUAUCGACAAAUAGGGCUGUUUCCAGAAAAAGCUGCAAUCGCUUCGCUCUGUCGAUGAUGAUGGUGACAACGACGAUCACUCCUUCUCGUUGAAGUACAUUCUCGAAAAUCUUGUUGCAAACGAUCGGCAAGCUGGACGAUCAUCUAAAGCACACACACACCCACACACGCACGCACGCACACACACACACAGACAUAGAGUACACAUGCUGCACGCCUUAUGCUACUCGAGUAGAAGCAACGAAAAAAAAAAUCACAUGGCAUUUGCCGAGACAAUGGCAGUACAAUGCAGCAUGACGUCACUACGUCAGACAACCAUUACUCACCGCAACUCCUGCGGCAGGGCCCGAUUUUCGGCCUUUUUAUUAGCGAAUUAUUAUUAUCUUCUCAUCUUUUGUUUUUUCUUCUGGGGCGAAGUUUUUCCCCUUCUUUUUUUUUUUUUUCCCUGCGAAAACGAAUACCCGCAAGCAACCAUUUUCGGAAGUACUCUUCUUUCUCCGGAGUUUAUUCGGUUCGCGAUUUCAAGUUCCAUUUUUGAAAAUAAUUUGGACUUCCAUCAUUAUUAUUAUUAUUGCGCUUUUUCUUUCCUUCUCUCUUUUUUUUUUUUUCUGAUUGGGAUAAUAUAGGACAGGUUUUAUAUAUGCUACUAGUUUAUUAUUGGUCGGUCGGGAUUGCGGGUGCAGAAUGUUUUUCGAUCCUGGCAGGAUCCAACACUGCCUUGGUCUUUUUACCAUAUUAUUAUUAUUUUUGACAACGUACUGGUUACUUGUAUCCGCUCUAUUCUUUUUUCCUUUAGGAUUUUUUGUUUUGUUUGAUUCUCUUGUUUUAGAAGGACACGAGUUUAGUUUUUUCUUCUUUCCUUCUCUAUUGAAAGGAAAUCACGAACAUGGAAAGGAUGGCGUUUUUUUGUUCCUUUUUUGCGAUUGCACACUCUGCUUUGCUUUGGAUUUGACUUUUUUGUUUUUCUUAUGGGGGCUCUCCGGUGUUUGUUUGUUGCUUUGUACAUGCCUUUCGCGAGUACGGUUUGCGUCCAUAUUUAUGUCUGUGCAAGUGUAUUGCAUGCUGUAUGAUUAUGUACGAGUAUAUGAGGAUGGUUUAGACCUUUGGGGACUGGUAGAAAUUAUUUACUACUACUACUGAGUUACUAGUAGCAUAGCUACGAUCUGAUAGUGCCAUUAUGACUUUUUUUUUCUUCUAUUUAUAUCGGGGGAAAAUGGGAAUUCAUAGGGCAUUGUGAGAGUGUCCGAUGCCGGACAUAAAUCCGGUUUUUUAAUGUAGAGUACGGUAAUUCGGGAGGAGGGGAAAUGACCGUGUCUGGCUAUUGUGACGCGCUCGGCGGUAAUCUGUCAAGAAUCUUGGAUGGAACCCCCAACCCUUGAUAUCCCAUAUUGUUACAGUUUGUGGCUUGGUAUGAUGGGUGGGCUUGCGUCUGGGAAACCAGGUCCAAGACUUGGGCGGGUGGUGGUGGUAUCUAGUGCAGCGCAGUGAGGCAGUGGAAUCGUAUAUACAACUAGUAUCAUAGUGUCGGGAAGGGGGAGCGGAACAGAGCAGAUCAACUUCACUGCAGAUC